CGGAGCAAAAGGCGCAGGGUCAGGCUACUUGUGCUCCAUCUACUCUCAUAUCUUAAGCUCAAGAAGAUCUAGCAGUAUGGCAGACGUACCCACCAACAUCAAGACAAACGGCGUCAAGCCAGACAGCCUCGCCAGCAUUGAAGGAUGGACCGUCAAGGCAGGUCUCGCACAGAUGCUCAAGGGCGGUGUCAUUUGCGAUGUGACAAACGCAGAGGAAGCCCGUAUCGCUGAAGAAGCAGGUGCUUGUGCAGUGAUGGCUCUCGAGCGUGUGCCUGCUGAUAUCCGCGCACAGGGCGGUGUUGCGCGCAUGUCUGACCCGCAGAUGAUUAAGGAGAUUAUUGAGGCUGUUACGAUCCCCGUCAUGGCCAAGGCCCGUAUCGGCCAUUUCGUUGAGGCACAAAUCAUUGAGGCGUGCGGCGUCGAUUACAUUGAUGAGUCGGAGGUGCUGACACCAGCAGACCCAGUCAACCACAUCUACAAGCACCCUUUCAAGGUGCCCUUUGUGUGCGGUGCCAAGAACCUCGGCGAGGCUCUGCGCCGCAUCUCGGAAGGUGCAGCCAUGAUUCGUACCAAGGGUGAGCCAGGUACCGGUGAUGUGAUUGAGGCCGUCAAGCACCAGCGCAUAAUGCAGUCUGAGAUUAGACGCUGUGUCAACAUGUCAGAGGAGGAGCUGUAUGUCUUUGCCAAGGAGAUCCAAGCACCCAUUGAUCUUGUUCGCAAAGUCAAGGAACUCGGCAGACUGCCUGUGGUCAACUUUGCCGCCGGUGGUAUUGCAACCCCUGCCGAUGCUGCGCUCAUGAUGCAGCUUGGCUCAGAUGGUGUCUUUGUUGGCAGUGGUGUUUUCAAGUCUGGUAACCCUGCACACCGUGCUGCUGCCAUUGUUCAGGCAACGACGCACUUCAAGGAUGCACAAAAGCUUGUGGAGGUGUCGACCAACUUGGGUGAAGCCAUGGUGGGCAUCAAUUGCUACCAGCUCUCUGCCGACCAACGGAUGCAGGAUCGUGUGGAUCACGUAGAGAACGGUGUAAAGAAGAGCGAGUCGUAUGGUUCCAAGAAGUAGAUAGCACAAACAAGCGUCUUUCUUUGUUCA